AAUAUGAUUGGCUGCAUCGGUUAUUUAAAACGAGGACGUCACCAUUUUCAAAUCAAAACUUUCAUGGUCAAAACAACACAAUUAAGUGUAGGAAGCUGAAAACCAUUACAAACAUCAAAGUAUGGCACCAAAAUCCAAAAGUGAGCGGGAGGAGAAUCAAAAGAUUCAAGUGUCUGUAAGAUGCAGGCCCAUGAAUUCUUCGGAACGUCAAGGAUCCUUUUGUGUGACGGAUAUAAAUGGACUGAAAAGAGAGGUCACUGUAAAAGAGAGAAUGGGUGCCCAAACACACACCAAAACUUUUCAGUUCGAUAGAGUGUUUGGUCCUAAAUCCACUCAGUUUGAAGUCUACAAAGAGGUUGCUAUGCCUGUGAUUGAUGAAGUAUUGAUGGGAUACAACUGUACAAUAUUUGCUUAUGGCCAAACAGGCACAGGCAAGACAUAUACAAUGGAGGGAGAAAGAAGCGGAGGGGAAACAAACUGGGAAAAUGAUCCAGAAGCUGGCAUAAUACCUAGGUCUAUGGCACAUUUGUUUGACAAACUUGAGAAAAUAGAGAACUGUGAGUUUUCUGUAAGAGUAUCGAUGUUGGAGCUCUACAAUGAAGAGCUGUUUGAUUUGCUGAGUGCUGGAGAUGACCCACCCAGGAUGAGGAUAUUUGAGGACUCCACUAAAAAGGGCUCUGUGGUUAUUCAAGGCUUGGAGGAGGCUGUGGUCCAGAACAAAUAUGAUGUCUACCAUAUUCUAGAGAGAGGAGCUGCCAAGAGACAGACAGCUGCCACACUCAUGAAUGCAUCUUCCAGUCGAUCCCAUGUGGUGUUCUCUGUGACCAUCCAUAUAAAAGAGAACUCCAUUGAUGGAGAAGAGCUUUUGAAGACAGGGAAGCUCAACUUGGUGGAUUUAGCAGGUAGUGAGAACAUAGGCAGGUCAGGUGCAGUGGAGAAAAGGGCAAGGGAGGCUGGUAACAUCAACCAGAGCUUGCUGACCCUGGGUCGUGUUAUUACUGCUCUGGUGGAGCAUGCCCCUCAUGUUCCUUACAGAGAGAGCAAGCUGACAAGGCUCUUACAGGACUCCCUGGGAGGUAGGACCAAGACCUCCAUUGUAGCCACCAUUUCUCCAGCUUCUUGCAAUCUGGAGGAAACUUUGAGCACCCUGGACUAUGCUCACAGAGCAAAGAACAUUACCAACAAACCUGAGAUCAACCAGAAACUGACAAAGAAAGCUCUUUUUAAGGAGUACAAUGAAGAGAUUGAGCGUCUCCGACGGGAUUUACUGGCUGCCAGAGAUAAGAAUGGGAUUUAUGUCGAUACUGAGAAUUACAAUAACAUGCAGACCACCAUGCUGCAACAGAAGGACAGCAUUGCUAUAUUAGAAGAAAAACUCCAGGCUACAAUAGAAGAAAUGGAGAAGGUGAAUGAGCUAUUCAACUUCAACAAGCUAGAGUUGGAAGAAACCAAGGUUAAUUUGGAAGAGACAUCAAAGAAGCUGGAGGACACCACAUCCACCUUAAAGCAAACAAAGAAAGUUCUCCGUGUGACCACCCGGGAGAGGGAUGAAAACAAACAUCUGGUACAGGAGCAUGUCCAAGCCGAAAAGAACCUUCAUUCUGAGGCCACUCGGCUUCUUGAAACUGCUGAUCAGGCCACUUCUGACGUUGAAGGCCUUCAUGCCAAGAUACUGCGUAAAAAAGACGUGGAAAUGCACAAUACAAAUUGCCAAGAAAGGUUUCAAAUUGAUUUUCGAGAGAAAUUUUCAGUCUUGAAAAAGGAUUCUGAAUCAUUUUCCCAUAAGCAGACGGAUUUCCUGUCUACCAUACAGCAGGAACUGGCUGAGAACUUUGAGAAGAAGCAUGGAGAGUUGUCUAAUCUAGUGUCCCUGCAUACGUUUCUGAUGUCUUCCCUGCAAGAAAAGACUGCCGCUUUGACAGAGAGCCUACAGAGCACAUGCAGAAAUACACAGGAAUGGUCUCAAACAGUCCAGACCUAUGUUACCCAGACAAAGGAAUCUGAAGUGUCUGCCUUGUCUUCUGCUCUGGCACAAGUUGUACAGCAAACACAGUUAGUAGGCACCAUGAUAGGACAGCAAGUGGAGGUUCUGACACAGUUUGGAAAAAGACAUAAAGAGCAGCUUGAAGACCUGCAAGAGUCCUUAAAGGUUGGUGGCCAGAAAAACUCUGAAGCACUGGCCACCCUUGGUGAGAUGGUGGAGAGCUACACCUGUAAACAGGAGUCAGCUGUUGAUGGAUUCAGUGAGCGGGCAGAAGAGGUCAGGGCCUCCCAGGACAAACAGAUGGAGGUUAUUCUCCAAAUGUCUCAACAACUGAACAGUUUGAUAGGGGAUUGUAAAGCCAGUCUUAAUACAAAUAUGAACCAGGUGCAGACAGAGUAUACCAGUUUUAAAACUGAUGUGUCUCAAAUGAGGCAGGAUUUCCAACAUACAAGAUCCAACCUGCUCAGUGCUGCAGAAGAAAGGACAACUUCCCUGUUGACACUUACUACUUCAAUGGAGACUGAAAUUCAGGAUAAUAUUCAGAAGUUGCUGGAGUCUAAUUCCUCAAACUCCAAAGAAAUGGUGCAUAUACAAGAAAACUGUCAGAAUGCCAUCAAAAUGGGUCAAGAGGGUUGGCAGAACCACUGUACUAAGGUGGGGGAUAUGAUGGAUAACCAUGUUUUAGUGACAAGCACAGCGUCAGAGCAACAACAGCAACAAAUACAGGUUUUGGCAGCGCAUGCUGAGGAGAGUACAUCCUCCAUCAAAGAGAAGCUGCAAUCACGAGGUGCAGAAGAGAAGAGCUUCAUGGAAGACCAGACCUCAAAACUUCAGGAACAGCAGAUAUCCAUUCAAGAGCAAAGUCAGAAGCAUGUUAGUGAAUUGACUGCCAGAUAUGAAGAACUGGAAAAGUUCCUCACAGAGGAAUUAAGAAAGGAUGUCCCUACUGGGACCACACCACAGAGACGUGAUUUUACAUAUCCUCGCAUUCUCACCAAGGCAGAGCCUCAUGAUAGCCUUCUGGAAAAUUUCCGAGAGAAGUACAACCUUGAGGAGGCUUUGAAUGUUCCAUUGCCAGAACUGUCCCUCAAUGAAAGCUCUGACAUACCCCCAGAAGCAGCUGCUGAGGUCUCUGAAAUUAACAACCUGAGUAGAAGCAGCAGUGUGUCGUCUGUGGUAUCAUCAGUUAGUGAGGCCAACGAACCUCGGUCAAGUACAGAGGUCAAUGACGUCAAGAAUGACUUGGAAACUAAGGAAAACUGUCCAAAAAUUCGAUCCAAGUUAUCAGCCCCCAAAGCCUACAAAUCCAGGAGCCUUAUUACUCCAAAGAAAACAAGGGCUCCUUUGAGGAGCAGCAACAACGCACCAGCAUGAAGAGAUGUUUUGAUACAGCCGUGGAAAAAAAGAUUUAUCAGAUAUAUUGUCAUCCCCAGUGACAAAUACCCGACCUUCAAAAGACAUUAGCAGAUAGCCAUGCAUGGUGUAACACAACUUUUGCUUCUUUUAUCAUGAUCAUUUUGGCUCAUUGAGUAAUGUUAUAGUGUUACGAAAAAAGCCACUUUAGAUGUAACAUAGCUUUUGCUGCAAUAUAUCAAAGGUACAUCUUGGUUCAUUCCACGCGAAUAUCCAAUACAGCCAAUUAUCAUAUGCCAAAAUGUUGUUGUCGUCGGUGUCAUGUUUCCAGUCAAGACGGGUUAUUUUAAAUUGGAAUGCAAUCUGCCUGAAUACAGCAGACUCUCCUGGACCAUCACUUUCUUGGGUAAGACAACAUGGGGGUCAGAUUUGGUCAGCUAUGCAUAAGAUGCCCAGUAGAUACGUCAAGAUGUGUUGACACUAUUUGUUGACUAGAAACAUGCCAUAUGUUUGAUACAUGAAAUCAUGUAUAUGUGGACUUUUGUGACAUCUUAUACAUGGAUGCGAUUUUUCCAACUUUUGGCAGAUUUCAGACUUUUUGGGAGCCAAAAAUGCCAUUGGCCUACAUGGACCCCACGUCACAUUUUCAAACUUAUUCACUAAACAGUAGUAUCAUCCCUGCUUUUGCAUUUGGAUUUAUUAGAUCCAAAAUUUAAAAUUGGUGGUAUGUAAAUCUCUUGUCAUAUUAGCAAUAUUUAUAUGUAUCUUCAUUUAUUUUACACUAGCCAAAAUAACUGUUGUAUUUGUUAGUAAGCCAGUAACAUGCAAUGCUUUUCUUGCUGGUCAUAGGAUGUGGAAGCAACACUUAAAAGUAAUGGCCAACAGUUUUAGCCUUAAGUGAGAACGUGUUUGUGAAUGUUGUGGAUGUGAAGACAAAUUGCCAAUACUAGACAAUUUAAUCAGGCAUAUAAAUGAAAAGGGGUAUUAUCUUUAAAUUAGUUUAUGCAAGUAUAUGUAGGAUUGUAGCUUCAUUUGUAUAUAACUGAAUCAUAGACUUUAUUCAUUUAUAGAUCAUAUUUCAGCAAAAAAUAUCACCAACAUAAACUCCUUCCACUGUAACAUCUUUUAAUUUAAAUUUUAGAAAUGUAAAUAGUAAUAAAGCUAAACAGAAAUGGAUGGUUGAAUAAAUGCAUGUAAAAAAUCUA